AUGAACGCCCUUCUUGAAAAACCGAUGACAGAAGCAGAAGUACGUGAACUCUUCAAUAAGAUAGACAAAAAUCGAAAUGGACUUAUAUCUAUAAAGGAACUGAAGGCUUAUCUGAAAAGUAAUUCUGUUCAGUACAAUAAGAAAGAAGUCCAUGCCUUCGUUUCCAAGUGUGACGACAAUUGCGAUGGUCAAAUAAACUUGGAGGAAUUGACAAAAAUAUUGACAGGGAUAAAAAGUACUCAAAAAUAG